AGGGCACUGCCAGCCAUAAUACAGAUUAUAAUACAGGGCACUGCCAGCCAUAAUACAGAUUAUAAUACAGGGCACUGCUCACGUUUAUUGCACUAAACGCUAUUUGUGUAUUUAUUUUGUCAGAUGUUGGAUGAGAACCAUCACUUGAUACAGUGUAUCAUGGACUAUCAGAGUAAGGGGAAGACAGCAGAGUGCACUCAGUAAGUGUCCGUACUGACACAGAGUGUCCUUUCUGUAGGUUAGGGGGCUGCUGUUAAUUUACCCAGAUUCAAUGUCCUUUUUUUCCCUCAGGUAUCAGCAGAUCCUGCACCGUAACCUGGUUUAUUUAGCCACAAUAGCAGAUUCCAAUCAGAACAUGCAGUCUCUGUUACCUGCGGUGAGUUUGUUAUCCAUUGCAGCACGCACCAGGUCCAAUGUGGAACCUGUAGAGUAUUUAUCAGAGUAUACCACCUCACCUGGGAGGUACAUCCACAAAUACUCCUCUGGAUAGAUGUAUAUCUAUGUAUACAAUGUACUGAUAGCCAUCCCCCAGUACCUGCAGGCAUUGAUUUCAGAGGGUCCUACAUCUUUGCAGGUUUCCAUGGAGUGCCAGGUGUGGGCUACUGUCAAUGCCUUAAUGUCUGUCUGUUAAAUGUGCCACAGUCCCACAAAUCUGUGGGGGCUCUCAUCAGCACCCUCAAUUCUUGUGUGACCUUGAAUACUGUUUGUGAACACCUCAUGAAAGCUAUUUCAGAAUUAUUCUAUUUUGGGGGCUUUGUGCACUUAAUUGGGAAUUGAACUGAAAGCUACAAAUUCUAGGAGAAUUGGAGAAUUGUUCCAAGUCAUCUGGACUAUCAGCUUGGCUGUCUUAAAAUGCAGUUCCUGGUUUAAUAAAUAAUUAUCUAUGUGUUUUCCACCUGAUGAUACCGUUUUUGUUUGCAGCCGCCGACCCAGAACCUGAAUCUUGGCCCUGGAGGGAUGAGCCAAACAGCAGCCAGCCAGCCCCUCCAUACGCAGGGUAACGUGGGCGACACUCUGGGUGCCAGCCUGCCCCCGUCUUCCCUCAUGCAGAGUCAGAUCACUAACGGUAAGCGCUGGCGUUCACUGCCAGUCAGUAGAUGUGUGAAUGUUGAUUGUAUAGCAGCCCGUGGGCAGAGGAAACGGGUAGUGGGUGUACAGAGGAGAUUCAUGGUGUUAGCCCUGGGAGGAGCAUACAAAUAAUUAUGUGACAAGGUGUUUUGAUUGUGUUCAGACAUGGCAUUAAUACUUUUGGUUAUGUGAAUUUUCACACUCUGCAGCCUGCGCCUGCGUUUCCUAUUCGUUAAUGCGGUUACUUGUAGUUAAUUUAAGGGAACAUUUAGCUUGCGAUCCUCUGACACACUGCACUGCUCCAUGUGUUGGUGCUAUAUAUGCCCCUCGCCAUCCGCUGACAGUUGUUGCAGAGGGAGGUGAUCAGGGUGCGGCACUGUAAGGAUGAAGAUAAAUUGUAGUGUUUUACACCAUUAUUAGUGUGUUUUCUACAAAGCCUGAAAUAUAUUGUCGCCCUGCCUCCUGCAGUUUCCAUUUACUGAUCACAGCUAUGGGCUUAUUAACCGUAAAUGACUAAACUGAGUUGAUAAGUUUUGGGGAAAAUCUUUUACUAUUUCGCUAUUAUUUUCUCAGUAUUGCUAUUUUGGCCUACAUUUUACAACUUGGUUUUUAUUUUAAUUUACAUCACAGUCUAAUGUAUAGUCCCCACCGUGAGAAGAUCUGGUAUAACCCUAAUGCUGCAUUCCUAUGGUAUCCCUCUGCAUUCCUGGGGUAUCCCUCUGCAUGCUGCAUUCUUGGGGUAUCCCGCUGCGUUCCUGAGGUUUUCUCUGCGUGCUGCAUUCCUGGGGUAUCCCUCCUGCAUUCCUGGUGUAUCCCCCCCGCAUUCCUGGGGUAUCCCUCCGCAUUCCUGGGGUAUCCCUCCGCAUUCCUGGGGUAUCCGUCUGCAUGCUGCAUUCUUGGGGUAUCCCGCUGCAUUCCUGAGGUUUUUUCUGCAUGCUGCAUUCCUGGGGUAUCCCUCCUGCAUUCCUGGGGUAUGCCUCCUGCAUUCCUGGGGUAUCCCUCCGCAUUCCUGGGGUAUCCCUCCGCAUUCCUGGGGUAUCCCUCCGCAUUCCUGGGGUAUCCCUGCUGCAUUCCUGGGGUAUCCCGCUGCAUUCCUGGGGUAUCCCGCUGCAUUCCUGGGGUAUCCCGCUGCAUGCUGCAUUCCUGGGGUAUCCCGCUGCAUGCUGCAUUCCUGGGGUAUCCCUCUGCAUGCUGCAUUCCUGGGGUAUCCCCCUGCAUGCUGCAUUCCUGGGGUAUCCCUCUGCAUGCAUGCAUUCCUGGGGUAUCCCUGUGCAUUCCUGGGGUAUCCCUCUGCAUGCCGCAUUCCUGGGGUAUCCGUGUCCAUUUCUGGGGUACCCCUCUUCAUUCAGUGCUCUCCCAAUACCGAGCAGUGCUGAGAAUUUGCAGACCCAACUGAUGGGUGAUGUUUAGUGGUUAGAAAGGGGGUCUCAAUGGCAUUUUCCUUAACAUUAGUCAUAAUGUGAAAUCUAUGGAAUUUGCAGGAAUUAUUCUCAAACAAUUGGAUAGAUUAGAGGGUCAAAUCAGAAUUGAAAUAUUGCACUUCAGUGAAUUGAUAGAGGAAUAUGAACAUUAACUGUGUUUACUGUGUGCGGAUCACUCCCUGCUUAGCAACCGGCAUGUGCUAUGUGUGUUAAUUACUAAACCCAUGCUUUAUUUUAGGGCCCAGCCAUGUGUCCAUGCAGCAAUCUGGCCAAACCACCAUGCCUACUACAACAAUGAGCAUGGCAGUCAGUUCGCAUGGCACAGCCCCUGGUUACAGCCACGCAGUGCCCAGCUCCCAGAACAUGCCAAUGCAAAGUCAGGGCAGCAUCAGCAACUAUGUAUCAAGAGCAAAUAUGAAUAUGCCAUCCAACCCUGGUAAGUGAAAAUCCUUGCUCGUGAUAACAGCUAGCAAUCUGGUAACUGUACCGUGAUGUGUAUGUCCUGACCUCUUCCUUGUGGUUGACAGCCCUGACUCCUUCUGUUUGACAGCCCUAAUCUCUUCCUUGUGAUUGCCAGCUUUGACCUCUUCUUUGACAAUGCUCAGCCCUGACCUCUUCCUUGAUAAUGCUCAGUCUUGAACUUUACAUCGACAGUGCCCAGUCAUGACCUCUUCUAUGAAGAUGUUCAGCCUUGACAACUUCGCUGACCGUGCUCAGUCUUGACCUCUUCCUUGAGUCCUUCCUUGACACAGUGUUCAACCUUGAGCUCUUUCUUGACAAAACCCAGACUUGAACUCUUACUUGAUGUUUCCCAGCCUUGCACUCUUACUCUGCAAUGCCCAGCCUGGACCCCUUACUUAACAAUGCCCAGUCUUGACCUCUUCCUUGACGAUACCCAGCCUUAACAUCAUCUUAAACAAUGCCCAUCCAUGAACUUCUUCCUUAUGAUGGACAACUUUGACCUCUUUCUUCUUGCUGUCUAGCUUUAAACUCCUUCUAGUUGUUACCUAGCCUUGUCCCUCCCCCUUCCAUUGCCAAUUUCUGAGCUCUACCUUGUUGUUGACCAGUGUCCAUGAUGCACCAACAAGCAGCCAGCUCCCAUUACACCACGGCACAAGGCAGUAGCCAGCAUUACCAAGCACAGUCUUCCAUCUCCAUGAUGAGCCAGAACAACCAGGGAAGUGGCAUGAUGGGACAGAGACCUCUGGGUCCAUACAGACCCACACAGCAAGGUAAGUGAGCAUGCACCAGAUAUCACAGGUUUCAUACAGAGCUUACCUUUCAUGGUCAGAUCACAAUGUCCACUCAGACUACACAACAAGGUAAGAGAGCCUGUCAGUAUGCUCUACAAGAAGAUGUAUUGUCUGCCGUUUUAUUAUUAUUUCCUGUUCUUCCAGGAUCUUCUCAGCAGUACCUGGGGCAGGAAGAAUAUUAUAGUGAGCAAUAUGGCCACAACCAGGGCCCCUCAGAGCCAAUGAGCCAGCAGUAUUACUCAGACGGUAAGUGCCACUCAGUCCUGGGAAUGGUUAAUACAUUACAUGUACACCUUGUUACCACUUAUCACUUUUAUCUUUCUCUGAGCUUCAAAUAUCUCGCAAAAUAAUGAACCCCUCAACCUGUUAUAAUGCAGCUUAGUGUACUUUUAGAGCUCAUUGUACGAUUACAUCUCAUUGUAUAAAUACAGAUUAUUGUAUUAUUGCAGCUCAUUGUAUGAAAACAGCUCAAUGUAUUAUUGCAGCUCGUUGUAUUAUUACAGUGUGUUUUAUUAUUGCAGCUCAUUGUAUUAUUUCAGCUCAUUGUAUUAUUAUAGCUCAGUGUAUUAUUGCAGCUCAGUGUAUUAUUGCAGCUCAGUGUAUUAUUGCAUCUCAUUGUAUUAUUGCAGCUCAUUGUAUUAUUAUAGCUCAGUGUAUUAUUGCAGCUCAGUGUAUUAUUGCAGCUCAGUGUAUUAUUGCAGCUCAGUGUAUUAUUAUAGCUCAGUGUAUUAUUAUAGCUCAGUGUAUUAUUGUAGCUCAGUGUAUUAAUGCAGCUCAGUGUAUUCUAAUAGCUCAGUGUAUUAUUGCAGCUAAUUGUAUUAUUAUAGUUGUGUAUUAUUGCAGCUCUUUGUAUUAUUGCAGCUUAUUGUAUUAUUAUAACUCCGUGUAUUGUAAUAGCUCAGUGUAUUAUUGCAGCUCAGUGUAUUAGUACAGUUAAUUGUAUUAUUAUAACUCAGUGUAUUAUAAUAGCUCAGUGUUCAUUGUAAUGUUACAGCUUAUUAUAUUAUCACAGCUCAGUGUAUUACUAUAGCUUAUUGUAUUACUACAACUUAUUGAUUAAUUACAGCUUUGUGAUCAUUAUAUUAUUAUAGUGUGCUAUUUUUUGUAGCCUAUUGUGAUUGUACAAUGUGAUGUAAUAACAAUACCAUGCAAUGAUACAAUUAGCUGUAAUUAUGCAAUAAGAUGUAGUGGUUAUGGCUUUUAAACGUUUUCUUUAAUUUAGCGAACAAGCCGUUAACAUACAGUAUCUGUGUCUGGCUGUCUAUUAAUAGAAUAUCUAUAUCUGACUGUCUACAUACAGAAUAUCAAUAUCUGGCUGUCUAGUUACAGUAUCUGCGUCUGGCUGUCUCUUUACAGAAUAUCUAUAUCUGACUGUCUACAUACAGUACCUCUGUCUGGCUGUCUAGUAACAGAAUAUUUAUAUCUGACUGUCUACAUACAGUAUCUGCAUCUGGCUGUCUAUUUACAGAAUAUUUAUGACAAUCAUGAUAGACAUCAUUACUCACUCCAGCUGAUCUCUUUGUAACCUGUGUUCUGCAGGGCACAGUGAUUACAGCUACCAACAGUCAUCUUAUGGGGAGCAGAGCUACGACAGCCGAACCUUUGAGGAUUCGUCGCAGCAUUACUAUGAAGGAGGUAAGUGACCCUUGAGUAAAGCUGUGUGUAGCUGAUAUCUGUAACUCUAUAAUACGUAAUACCAUCCUGUUAAAUGGAAAUACAAUUCCUAAAGAUUCCUUAUGUUUUAAAACGUGAUCUAUGUUGACGCUGAUGUUUUUGAUACACACAGUUACAACCGAAGUCCUGUAGAUGGCAGCCACUCUGCUUUUAUAGUAGACCAUUUAAGACUCUCAGCUUUAAUUUGGUGUGUAUAAGAUGUGCUCAUGCUAAGUGUUUAGACACUUCUCUAUUUUAUACUGCCUCCUAACAGGAAUGAUGGGAAAAUUAAGUUGCUUUGCAUGAAAUGCCUUAUACGUGCCUUUUUUUGGGGGGGAGGGGGGAUAUGAUGUCAGAAUCUCAUUUAAUUAACCGUUAUAAUAUAACAAUAAUAUAAGUAAUUCCUACAUAUAUUAUUGGUCUACGUUUACAGUUAUUCACUAAGGUGCCAGGAAUUCCAAGUAAAUUGAAAUUCUAGACCAAAAUGUCCAAACUAAACCCAUAUCGGAACUUGAGAUUGUUUUCCAGUUCAGCUGUUUAGGGCUAAGGUGUUAAAUGCAUUGUGAAUUACAGCUUUACUUUCCAAAUUGCAAGGAAAUAUGUGAAUUGGUAACGUGGAAAUGUAUAUAGUGAUAUCUUUGUAGCCAUUUUUCAGCCUGCACUGCUGACUCUCCAGCUAUAAUUUACAUGUUUAAUGAUCUAGUGCUAUGUUUGCGUUUAACCUUCUGCAGGAAACACACAGUACAGUCAGCAGCAAUCAGGAUAUCAGCAAGGAACGAGCCAACAGCCGGGAUACUCCCAGCAGCAGUACGCAAACCAACAAAACUAUCCUGGACAACAGCAGGGAUACGGUGAGACUGUUAGAGCCCGGCUGGCACUCUUAAACCAUAAACCGGGAAUAGGAAAAAACUAACACCCAUAACUGCUUGCCAGCAGAAUUCUCAGUCUAUAAAGGAGGCAGGGAGACACCUCAUCAGCCUCAAGAUUCAUAUAGGAAUUAUUUGGAUACAUCACUGUUGUCAUUAACUUACGAUAUUGUGGUUUGAGUAUCGUUUGAAAAUCCUGUUUUGCAAAAGGGAUCCAAUGCUUUGUUUUAUUACUUUAUUACUUCUCGUGACCAAAAGAGCUUGCAAUCUAAUAUCCUGUUUCUGUAACUCCCCCAGUUCCUGCACAAGGAACGUCCUCUCAGUAUUCCAGCUACCAGCAAGGUCAGAGUCAGCCGUACUCCAGUUAUCGUGCACCUCAGACCGCAUCCUCCGCCCAGCAGCAGAGGCCCUAUGGCUACGAGCAGGUAAAUUCCUUUAUGUAGCGUUAAUUCAAAGAUACAUAUCCUGAUUACUGUGAUUUAUUCCUUCUCUCUCCUCUACUCUAUAUUCUUCCUCCCUCGCCAUCAUUGUAUCACUCGCUUCUCCAACCCUCGCCAUCAUUGUAUCGCUCGCUUCUACCUCCAUUGAAAUUUCGUCUAAUUCCUUCUUUACUUUUCCUUGGCAUAGCCUUUCCCUCCUUCCUUUUAUAUCUCUCUCUUUCUCUUUCUCUCUCAGUAUCCCUGUUUCUCUCUCUCAAUGCCUCUCUCUCUGUAUCCCUGUCCCUUUCUCUCAGUAUCACUGUCUCUCUCUAUCCCUUUCUCUCUGUCUCUCUGUUUCCCUGCCUCUCUGUCUGUAUCACAGUCUCUCUCUUUAUAGCUGCCUCUCUCUCUCUCUCUCUCUCUAUCACUGUUUCUCUCUGUAUCCCUGUCUCUCUCUGGAUCUCUGCCUCUCUCUUUCUCUUGAUCACGGUCUCUCUACCUUUUCUGAGCCGAUUCCAUUGUUCUGUUGUGGCUUUUAUUUACUGUAUCCUAUCUGUCUCCCCUCAGGGCCAGUAUGGAAACUACCAGCAAUAAUCCAUCACCGUGGUACAGCUAAUGGACUGGCGGGGAUUGCAGGGAGAAUUUGUUCUCAUCCCUGGCACAUUAUUUCAUUGACUGCCAUUUGUAAUGUCACAUGCAGCAAAUUAUAGGGACAUCCACGCCAUGCCAACAUGCAACAUUUAACACAUUACCCAUCAGAGACGGUAAAGUGUUAUUAAAAAGAAAUUUACAAAGACUAAUUCCAGAAACUAGAUGUAGCUGUGGAUCACGAUGUCAUUCAGUAAGGGCAGACUUGAAAGGUGCGUAGUCUUACCCAUCAUCAUUUUAUAGGUUUCUAUCCACCGUGAAGUACUAGACAGCACAGUGUAAACCAGAAGAAUCCUUAGUGGCUGCCAGCUACGGUAUGUGUCCUGACUGAUUCAGUAAUAAUUACUGAGUUAAUAAUGGAGUAAAGAUAUCUGGCACAUGUCAAAUGUUAGCUUAGGCUGAGCAUUGGUGUGAGUUUCUGUCUGACCUGGUACAGUCUGUACGUCAUGUAAAUACUUUGACCAUUUCUUUCCUGAUCACAGCGCAGCUUGUAGCAGCUCUAAUCAGACGUUAAACGGCCGACAGCUUUCAAAUUAUUCUAUUUACUUUCAGACUCACCAUGUGAAUUCCUAAUGAUGAACUUUAUAAAUUAUUUUUAUAGCCAAGUCACCCUUCCUGUAAAUUGUGCCAGCAUAUAGAGGGUUAAACCCUGAGCCUGGCCAGCACUUGGACACGAUCUGAAAGGUAAACCAGCGCUCAAAGCAUUCAUUCUAACAUCGUUGUUGAAACCCAAUGUGUAUAUAUCAUUAUUCUUCCAAAACCGGUUAUAUAUCCCUGUUACAAAGUUUACCCUUUAAGAGUUCAACGUGUGAUUAGGAAGAUUCUAAAGAGCUGAGCUGUGAUCAUGAGAAACAUUGUGAUGAGAUCAUUGUCACACUGACCCCCAAUAACUAAUAAUUACUGGACAGAUGUUUAUUCGCUAAACCUGGAAUUGCAAUAUUACCAAAAUAAGUUUAAAAAUCUACAAUUCAGGUGACUUUCUUGUUCAGUAUUUUGUCCUAAAAAUGCCCCCAGGAAAGUCAGAUGUGGGCUGUUCAUUCUUCACACUUCCUGCUUAAGUAAAAAAAAAAACCUGUGUGUUCAGCUAUAUCUCAGCUGUAGCGGACUGUGCCAUCCAUGUCUCAAACCCAGCGAUUAGCAUGGACAGAUUGCUUUACCACCUGGUUUUAUUAUUGUCCAUACAUUUCAUUUCUCAUCAAGUUACCCACUUUACUGCCAGAUGUUAUUUUGGUGAGGCCCGAGGAGAGUAGCUACUAGGUAAGUCGUCUUCCUCUGCUCCUCCCAUCCUCGUGGCCUGACAACUCAUUUCUGUGCAGACAGGAGGAAAGUGAAGCCACCCAUUCACUUUAAAAAGCAGGUCAGGAGUCUGACCAAGGGUGGUAAGUGUUAGAGGACCACUGCAGGUCCUGUUGUAUCAUAUGGAGAGCCCGUGGCUCUCUGCUUUUGUUCUAGAAUAAAUGUGAUUUGCUUUGUGCUAGUGCUGAGAGCACAACGAGGGCUGCGGCAUUAAUAAAGACAGCGCCAGAGAUAUUUUUAUUUAUUUACAAAAUAAAGCCCUGCGCUAAAACUCCCACUACUCCUGGGUGGCAGCAAUGAUUAUACUACACAUCAGCCCUAAUGCAUACAAUAAAAAACAAAGAAGAAAAUCACUUGCCCACCAUCUCAACUCCCUAUGCACAUUUAAAUAACAGCCAUUGGAUUGAUCCUAAAAAAAAACGCCAGUUAUUUAAAUAUGCAUAGGGAGUUGGGAUAGUGCGCAGGUAACUUGUUUCUUUGUUUUUUAUGGUUUUUAUUUAUUUAAUUUGCGUUGCACUUGGAUCAGUAUCCAGUUAUUUAAUACAUAGCGUAUUGUGUGUCGCAGUAGGCGACAGACCAUUUUUGGUGUUUGAAAGGGUAAUUUAAUGAGCACUUUGUGGAGCAAAAAAAAAAAAAAAGUCAAAGUGAAUCUGUCCCGACUUGUACAUAAAAUUCAUCAUCUUCCUAUAGUCUUGUUUUAAAAAUGAAAUAUUUAUUUGUCUGAACUGAUUUGAAGUUAUGAUUUGGCUGCACUUACAGUUUUGGCACUCGAAGGGAUAAAAUGAUAGAGUUUUUUGAGAGCAAAUUAAUAUAUGUUUCAAUGCACAGUUUGUUUAGUGUGUGUAUAUUUAAUUGUGAGUUUCCAAACAAAGAGCAUAUGGCACAUUCACUGAAUAAUGUAUUGCUAUUUAGGUAGCUGGUGCUUUAAGAAUACAAGCUGGCCACUGUCCACAUAUUUAAAGCGACCAGACUUCCUCAAUCCAUUUGCUUUUCAUAUGUGAUGGUAACGGCAAUGUCUAUAGGUUAACAUUAAUUAGCCCUGAAAAGAAUAUGUACAGAACAAAUAUGAUUUAAAGCAUUAAGUCUGGACAGAUUCUGGGUAUCAAAUGUAAUCUGGACGAUUUUCUUUGUUUUUUCUAUUGGUUCCUACCAAAAAUUACAGCGCUGGUAAGCGGCACCUCACAGACUGGUUUACAAUUUCCCUAAUGUUAUAUGCAGCAUACAACGUGUUGUAAUAAGUUGUAACUUUAAACCGAUACAGCCCCAGUAACAUCUAAUUUUAGGGAAUAAAUCCUAUUCAUUAAAGAGAAUUUUGCACUAAAAGUUACUGCCUCUUUAAGGUAAAAUCCUGACGAUUCCGAUAAUCAUUUGAUAGCGUCUUACUGUAGCAGCUUAGUAAAUGUUGUGAUUUUAUCUGCUUGCUGCCAGAUGAAGACGUACUCUUGCUUCCUCCGGCGAGCCGAGCUUUACACGGUUAUUUGCAAAAUUGUGAAUUGUCAGGAAUUCUGCCAAAUUAGCCAAACCGAAGGACUUGGGUAAUUGUUCCAUUUCCGCUAUGAGGCCUAAAAGGCUAAGUUUACUUUCUGUUCGGAACAGUUUACAUUGCGGAGAAUAACCACGAUAAACAUAUUUACUAACCUGGAGGAUUCAGUGGGGAAUAUUCUUCAAAUUCAGAUCCAGGUUGGCUAUUUUGGUCUGAAAGCUAAAAUUCCCUUGUCCACUUUCCCUCAAAUUCCCAAUUUAGCAAAUAAGCACCUUCAGGAGAAUGAUGGCAGACUCCAGGUCCUUCACAUUUCUUACACUUCAGUAGCCCAACUUAAAAGGACACUACAGUCCCCAAAACAACUUUAGCUUAAUGAAGCAGUUUUGGUGUAUAGAUCAUGCCACUGCAGUCUCACUACUCAAUUCUUUGUCAUUUAGGAGUUAAAUCACUCUGGUUAUACAACCCUAGUCACACCUCCCUGCAUGUGACUUACACACCCUCCCUAAACAUUUCCUGUAACGAGUCAUCUAAUGUUUAUACUUCCUUUAUUGCAAAUUUUGUUUAAUUUAGAAUUUCCUAUCUCCUGCUCUGUUAAUAGCUUGCUAGAACCUGCAGGAGCCCCUUUGUGUGUGAUUAAAGUUGAAUUUACAGAGCAGGAAAUAAAAACUUUUAAAGUAACUUACAUUGGAGUGAAAAUUAAACCAUUUUGUGAUCAUGCAGGCUGUGUCAGUCACAGCCAGGGAGGUCUGGCUAGGGCUACAUAAACAGAACCAAAAGUGAUUUUGACAUCAGGUUCAUGAUCUAUACUAAAAUGGCUUCAUUAAGCAAAAGUUGUUUUGGUGACUAUAGUGUCCCUUUAAAGUAGUGGAUUAAAAUAAUACAUUUUAUUUAUUUUAUUUUUUCUUUCUUUAACAGCCUGAUGACUCCCUUGACAUCAGGUGAUAUUUCAUUCACAAAGAGAGAUCCCAAUUUUCUCUUUGAUGGAGCUCUGAUCUUGUAGCCUCCAACUGCAGUGCAGGAAGCUCUGCUUCCUAUUAGCUGCGUUAAUAUUCACACUAAUAGUCACAGCCAGAAGGAUUGUCCAGAUCAGCGACAUCCUUGAGCAUUCCGAUGGCUGGAAAAAAAUUGGAGAUUAGUGAUUGGUUAUAUCUAUUAAAUAGGAAACCUUUACCUACAACAAUAAAAUUAUACCAACUUAAUAUCUAUCUGGAGCUGAUGUUUGCUCAGCAUACCUUAAAUUGGUUAGAUGAUAAUAUAAUUUUUCUGUAGUAUUGUUUAGUUUAAAUGUAUGUUAAAAAAAAGGUUUAGGUGACAGGGUCCCUUUCAGUAUAAUAUUCUCAGUAAUUCCAGUUGAUGAAUAUUAGUUUUUCAUACAUACACCAUUUUUCGGACAUGCUAGAUACAUAUUGGACCUGGAGUUUGCCACCUUUGUUUCAGCACAAGUAACAGGAAAUUAAGAUUGUAGGCAGGGCGUGUGAGUCGCUGUUUAUCUCUGAGAAUUCAUGUAUUGCUGUUACCUGUUACAAGCCAUUCUAGGCUUAGCGACGGUGAAAUAAUUGCCAUUUUUCUGUGCAAUUGAAUGUUUUAAAGAAAUGUCAUUGCAUUCUGGAUUCUGCUUUUUACAAAGAAUACAAAAACCUUACAAAAAC